UUGGCCGCCAUCCCGCUAACGCCCCUUCCUCCAAAAUACUCUCACGUUCCCGCAGCCCGCUGAUCGCAGUGUUCGUUUGCCGAGCGGCAGAAAGAGGCACAGGUGCAGAAUCGUGCUCCACGUGACCGAACACACCGCCGCGAGCAGCUGAAUGCUCCUCACAUAUCCCCGUUUGGACAGCCAAUCCCGUACUUCUAUAAAAUCCAUUCAAUUCUCCAGCACCAAGCUCAUUCAUUGCAAUCUCCAAAUACGGUCCCUACGUCUUUCUUCAUUCGCAAACGUCACCGAAGCCCGUCAAACCCUGCAGUUACAAUUCCCCCAGUGCCACACAUCGGCCAUGCUCCCCACCUUCCUUCUCCCACUCUUCCUCUCCGCUCCUAUCACCGCGCUUCCUGCACCUCCCCUUCGCUCAGACCAAUCAAUACGACACUUCCACAAGAUACAGGCAUGCCACACGGCUGGUGCACCUUCCACGCCACGCUCAAGAAAUACUACUCCGGCUACUUCGCCAAUUACGCUAUCAACAAGAACUUUCGUGGCGGCCUCGGCGGCGCCUUGGAAAUCAAGUACGCCGAUACUCAGCCGGGCACGCUGGAAUUUAUGUUCGAUGGCCGGAAGUGGCAGGCCAGCGAUAAAGGACCGUGUAGAAAAAGCAAGAUAGAGAUAUAUUGAAAUGUAAGCUUGCUGGGGGUUGAUCGACGCCUAGAUAUCGGAUUAUUGAUUGCGGUUUUACUUGCUAGGCGAUGGGUCGCGUGCGGCUACAUUGGUCCGCGCUGCUGGAGGCUCUAAAAUUGUCCCCGAUCCGGUGGUUUUUGCUUGUUGCUUUGCGUAGUGUCGGUUGGUAACCAUGUUGAAUAUGAAUGCGUUACCAUACCGGGACUACUCGAGGGCAUACAUGCAAACGCCCUCAUAGGUCGGGCCGGAUGAUGGGGAGCGUUUGUCUCCUA